AUGUAUUUAUCGCAAACAUUAUUCUCAAACGCAAGGCUGAAGUACGCAGCAAGGUUCCUGAAGCCACCAGGAUUCUUCAAAAGAGCAGAGAUGAGAGAAAAACCACAUAGAAAAACAGGACCCUUUGAAAAUCAAGUUAAAAGAUUUGUUCGACUCAGAGAAAAGGCAAGGCUGUUCUCCCAGCUACCAGCACCCAGGCACGUCCCAGUACCGAAGCCAAUAGAACACACGUUCCUGAAGCCACUCGAAUAUGUGCCAAAGGUGCCGCCGGAAGCACUGGAAAGAAGAUUGGAGUUUUUGCUGGGAGACAAGGCAAAGCAACAGCAGCUGCACGCGAAGAUGAGAGAGGGACUGACGCCAUACCUGGCGGAACUAUACAUGUGGGAGCGACAGAUGAGAGAUUUGAGAAAAAUAUACAGAGCACAGUACUUCCAAAAGUUAAACGAAGUAACAGAAGAAGAAAGACUGAGACAAUAUAACCUGUUUAUGAAGGAAAGUAAAGAUAAGUACAUGAAGAGGGAGGAGAUUAGAAGGUCAAUAUACGAGGAAAAGAAGAGGAGAGCAAUCCUGAGAGACACAAUGGCAAUUGAAAAGAAAGUAACGCAAUCGCUGGAGCUGGGAAGGCUGUCGAGCAAGAAGAUAAAAAACAUAUACUGGCUAAACAAGCUGCAAUCAGCAAUUAACUACGAAGAAGACGCUAAAGUUGAGAUAAAAGACAUCAACGUGCCGAAACUGGCAAAGGAACUAGGACACCCAGUGGAGGACCCGAAGAAAAUGAGACACAAAAUAAUGGAUGGAAAUCUACUAUUUAGGGAUAUCCUAAAGGAGUCGUUUGAACUAAUGCCAGAGGACGCAUACAGGUUUGAAGCGCUGGAAGAGGAAACGUACACACCAGAGGAGAUAGCAAAAAUAACAUACGGAGUGCUAACAGAAGAAGAAAAGCUGGAGUUACUGGAUAAAAAGAUAGCAAUACUGAAUGAAAAGAUAGACGAGGACUCAAAAUUGCACGGAAAAUCGAAAAAUAACCUGUACAUACAACUCAGAGAACACAUGGAGGCAGCGAAAUUAGCGUACUUGGUAAGAUCAAUAAAUAAAACUAGAUACUGA